AACUUCACUCAUAAUAAAAAAAACCAAACCUCACAAACACCAACAGCCAGCACCGCUAAUUUUUCCAAAAGGAUUACAGGAGUUUUUCAAUAAAAAAUAUAAAUUUUCCAUUGCUCACAACAACAGAAAACUCCUGUACCCGUCAAAUAAUACAACACAUCCAUCAUGGAUAUGAGUUUAGAUGAUAUAAUAAAGAGCAAGAAGAUUGCUGUGGCCCCAUCUAAACGAUUGGCCGUGAAAAAACCACCAUUGAGAAAAACCCUAAAUAGGCCGGCGUUCAAGGAAGCUGCUCGCAUUACAGAUGCUCGUAUGAAAAUCAUACAGAAAAAUCGUGCCAAAAUUCGUGAUGCCAGAGACAAGUUGGUGGAGAUAACACGUAACAAUGGUGAUGUGCGUAAGAAGUUGUCCCAAAAACAAGAUUUGAUUUCAUCCAAGCCACCAUAUAAGGCCAGCAGUUUUAAAUACAGUCGAUUGGGAGGUGAUGUUGGCGGCCGGAUUGGUGGAAAACUUGCGGCCGAUGGUGGGGGUUUGAAGACACGUAAUGCUGGCUAUAAAUCUUCGCUGUCCACAGCAUCGCUGCGUCGUAAUGAGGUAUUGGAAAUCCCCAGGGGUUAUGUUGAUUAUGACAACAUGGAGAAAAUGGAAGAAGAGGAAUAUGCCGCUGCCACAAGACUUAGCCGAACUGUGCGGAAUGACAUGGUCUAUGAUAUGGGAUCUUCGACAUCCAGACGCCUAGAUAGCUGGGGUACAGUUCACAAUGAUCAUUUCGAUCCCUUCGAUGUUUAUGAAGUUCCUCACAAUGCUCGUCAUGAACGUCGUCUGUCGCCUGAAUUGCCACCGCCACCAGCAAAGGGUAUUCUAAGAUCAUCGUUGCGAGAUCGCAGUCCAGAUCCAUAUCAGCGACGUUAUCCAAGUGAACAUUCAUCACAUCUCUCCUAUGAGAUGCGUUCACGUUUAGAACGUGCCCCCGAUCCACAUGCUUCCAUGGGUAUUUUUUCCAAUCCCCUAACACCACCAUCACCACCCAAUGGUUCAUCGUCAUUUGGUGGAAGCAAAUCUUCGUCAUCAGGUUAUCGUAUAGUUGUUAGUAAUUUACAUCCCAGUGUAACACAGUCGGAUAUCAAGGAACUUUUCGAAGAUAUUGGUGAAUUGUAUGAUUCACGUAUUGUGCGACCUGGAGUAGCAGAAAUUAUCUAUAAGUCAUUGGCUCACGCUGAAAAAGCCGUAGAUACUUAUCACAAUCGUCAAUUAGAUGGCCAACCAAUGAAGUGUCUUUUGGUUAAUCCCAGAGCCUCAAAUAAACCCACAGCCCCCGCAAUAAGAACUUCAAGUUCACACUCAUCGAAUAAGACUCCCCUAGAAAUUGAUAUAGAUGCUCUACACAAAGUACUGUUCCGACGUCAUUAGUUUCGUAUUUUCCAUUACAAACAAAAGGCAAUUUGAAAUCAUAACAUUCACUAAACACAAUUAUAAAUACCAUUUUUUAGAAAUGUAUGUAUGUAAAUCCUGUUCUCCUUUUCUAAAGCUGGCAAACGCAUUUUCAAACAAACUCUUGAAAUUACUGAAAUAUUAUUCUAAUAUUCAUACUGAACAAAAGUAUACACUUAAGAAAAUUCUUAAUUAAUUUGUAAUUUAUUCUCCAUACUUCUCAGAUAAAUCACUUCUCCUUUA